GUUUAUUGGAUCCCCCCCCCCCACUAGAAAGUUUUCUGCGGGCGCCCAUUGGUACUAUAGAAUGGGCUUUAUAGAUUGGGCUCUAUGGAAAGGGCUCUAUGGAAUAGGCUCUAUGGAAUGGGCACCAUUGAAUGGGCUCUAUGGAAUUGGCACUAUAGAAUGGGCACUAUAGAAUGGGCUCUAUGGUAUGGGCUCUAUGGAAUGGACACUAUGGAAUGGGCUCUAUGGAAUGGGCUCUAUGGAGAUGACUCUAUGGAAAGGGCUCUAUGGAAUGGGCACUAUGGAAUGGCGUGUAUAAAACGGGCGCUACUUAAUGGGCUCUUUUGAAUGGGCUCUCUUGAAUGGGCUCAAUGGUAUGGGCUCUAUAGAAUGCUCUAUAGAAUGGGCUCUAAGGAAUGGGUUCUAUGAAACGAAGUCUUGUUAAAUGGGUGUAACCUAUCGGGUCUGGAAUGUUUAGUGUAGGAGGUGAAGAGGAGGAAAGAAAUGGAUAUGCACAAGUGUGUAUACGUGAUAAAAUUGCUCAGACGUGUGUGUGAUGAUUGUUGUGUGUUUGUAUGCGUGUUUGUGUGUGUCGCAUGGCUUCAUAAGUGUGUAUGUGUGUCGGGAUAUGAUCAACACGUGUCUAUCUAAGAAAUUUCUUUUAAUCUAACGACUAACGGUUGUGGCUGUUCUGUUUUGUUUGUCGAUCAGCCAAGAAAAUGUGUUUAUCUGGCAAGUUAUUCAAUCCCUCUGGCCAGGCUUUUGUCACGCUAAAUAUGUUUUUUUUUAAAAAUGCCCCAUCUUUCCUACGUCAUUUAAUCCAUGAUGCCUGUGGACAAAAAUUGUUUGUUCAAGGACAAAGAAAACUCUUCAGUGUAUGUUAUUUAUUUUGCUUCUUUUGAUGUUUGAGAGUUGGAUGUAUGUCAGAAAGGUUGAACUCCAUCUUAGUAAUGGUAAUAAAAUUAUUAUAUUUUUGUUUAUGGAAAUCAAAACACAUUAACUACUACAGUUUGAAAUGUUUGACAACUCAUUCAAAAUAUUACUGCAGUGAAAACAACUGGUGGUUUAUUGAUGAAUUUUGUGUUUAUUGUUAUUAGUUUUUUUUGCUUCUGUCACUCAAAAAAAUUCAGGGAUUAUAAAAUGCUGAAUAAACUAUUAUAAUUUAAGAAAACGUUCCCAGCCAUUCAUUAUUUUGAAAUCAACUGGACAGCAGUCAAGCAUCAACAGUGUAUUUAUUAGUAGUAAAAAUUCAAAAUGUUUUUAAUGUUUAUUUAUAUAAAAUCUUAGAGUCCAAAAAUAUUUAUUGAAUAUCUUGAUUCGAUUUUCCCCACCCUCUCCCUCUUCUCUCUCUCUCUCUCUCUCUCUCCCUCUUCUCUCUCUCUCUCCCUCUUGUCUCUCUCUCUCUCUCCCUCUUCUCUCUCUCUCUCUGCUAGCAAAGACAACAAACGCGAUGGUCGAGGCUUUAUGAAAUGGAUGAACCUCUUAAUGAUUGGCUCACCUAUAUUCCAGGCACGUGACCUAGUUCAUUAUUUAAGUGAAGUACCGUUUCAUGUUUUUUCCUCAUCAAGUCAUCGUAGAGGUUUUAAAAAAAAAUGUAAAUAAAUUAAUUGACGCGAAUUUUAUUGAAGCCAUCAAAAUCAAAGUGCUGAUAUCCCAUAGUACGAGAUGAAUAGAUCUAUCUUUUUGUAUGCCAAAUUUAAUAUCUUCGACGAAACUUUAAAGGAAGUUGCGAUGUAUUUAUAUUAAACUAUUCAAUAAUAUUGUAGGCCUUCCUCCAGGGAAAAAACUCCUAAUCAACAUAAAGUUCGUUAACCUUAUGGGAUCAUAGGUCAUAGCUUAUUAAAACAAAAUCCAAAGUUCAUCUGACAUUUGUGUUUACUUAACAACCGUUUAAUAAUUAUAAUAAAACAAAUAGUUUGUGGAACUAAGGAUAAAAUGUUUGCUUGAAUCAAUGAUUAAAAAUGACUUUUCUUUUUUUGUAUGUUUGAACUUUUCUUAUCGUUUGUAUGUUGGAAAUGUUAUCAUCGGUUGUUUGUUUGAACUUUUCUUGUAACGUGAUGAUGGUGGAGAUGGGGUAAAUUAUUUAGAUUUCAUUGAAAGUUGUUACCAGGAUUGUAACAGACUGACUUCUGCCAAUGUAAAGUGGUUUUGAGCAUAAGCAAGGGGAGAGAAGCAAUACAACAAAUGUUUUGGGUGAGAAGCGUAGAAAUGUUAACUUUUGUGAUUCAAAUUGCAUACAUUCUAAAACUAUUGUAAAUAAUAUCAGCUCUUUUUUUUUUCUCUGAAAUCAUCACACAUGAAGAUUGUCUUAUUUCAAUUAUGUGAUCAGUUUUGAUUCAAUGCUCUCGAUUUGAUGAAAGUUCUUUCCCUUCGCCUACAUAAAACAAAAAUUGUUAAACCUACCUACAAAUAUGUCAACUAUUUCUUUUAAAUAUUUCAACUCUCAUUCCAAAU